AUGAAGAUGAUUAAGCUUGGAAAUGAGAGUGAGGAGUGUCUCAACAGUGACAUAAUCGAUGACAUUCUGUCACGCAUUCCGGCCAAGCCGUUGCUUGGUAUGAAGUGCAUUUCUAGAAGAUGGCAAGCAAUCAUUUCAAACCCUUCAUUCAUCAAAUCUCAACUUCAGAAGGCAGAGCUUCUUUUGGAUGGUUUCAUUGUUCAAGAUGGCUAUAUGUUAAGCAGACAGGAUGUCAAAACUGUUACUUAUAUUCCGGUUAUGUCCAAAAACGAGGACCCUCCAGUUGUUCACCACAAGGUUUUCACUUUUCUUCCUGAACAAGUUGUUGUUUUGGCUUCAUGUAAAGGAAUUGUAUGCUGUCGCAGCCUUUUGCCAUCUCCGAAUCCAUCCCUCUACCUCUGCAAUCCUUUGAUCAGAGAAUGGAUUCAAUUCAACUGCCCUAUUCAAUCUCAUGUAACAGAUAGUAUAGCACUUCUUUAUGAUUUUGAGCCAUCCAGAUUCAAGUUGGUAAGAGUGAAACGCUGUGAGAAGGAAGUGUGGGAGGAGGAGGAAGAGGAAUCCCAGUCGGAAUCCGAAGAGGGAUCCUUCUUCUUUACAUUUGAAUUGUACUCUUCAGAAACCAAGACUUGGAGGAAAUCCCAAGAGACAUGCGAUUGUAAUCACGAUUUGAUCAAAAACAAGGGUGUAUAUAUAGGAGGUGUGUUACAUUGGCUGACAGAAGGUGAUAAAAUCAUCACUUUUAAUGUUGAAAAGGAACUCUGUUUGUUGAUUUCAGUACCUGUUCCGGCAUCGCAGUUUAGGUCUGUCCCUGAAGCUUGUAUUGGAGAACAUGAAGGAAAACUUCAUUAUGUUCAGGUAUCAGAAAAUGGUCUUCAUGUCUGGUAUCUUGAUUCUCUUGAAGAUUAUUUUGACUUUAAAUGGAUACUCAAGCAUUUCAAGACUUUGGAGGAUUUUGAACAAGAACAUCCACGCCGCUUUUUGAAUUUAAAGAAGAGAGUGUCGGAGCGAGUGAUUAUGGAUACAAAUCCUUGGAUGAGCCCACUUGGUUUCCAAGAUGGGAAAUCGCUGAUCAAAGUGUCUUCUGAGCUUUAUAUCUAUGACAUGAAGAGUGAUAAGACAGAUCAUGCUUGUUCGUUUCGACAACUCAACCCACAAUCCAUGUCGCCUUCUACAGUAUUUCCUCAUUCCUUGACCCUGGUUUCCCUAAAUGAUGCUUAG